UGUAUCCACUCCUAUUAAUUAUAUUAUCAGUUAUUUCGCAAGUAAAGUACAUACUAUGUUAUCGUACUGCCGGGCAAAAAUAAGCAAAGGAUAACCUAUGACCCUGAAUCAAAAUCGGGAAAACCGAAACCAUAAUUCGUAAACAGAUAAUAUUAUCACAUUACAAGAAACAUUCAAAAGAUCCCGUUACAGAGUAUAUAAAUAGACAGGCCAGAUAAAAUACACCAGUUCUUGGAUACAUUUCAUUCGGAAUAGAAUCGUACACCACUACAAAGCAAUGGAGCGUGCAGAUAGUUCAGAUCUUGAAGUGCUACUUCAGAUAAAUUGGGAGCUACAUCAGACGUAUACUGGAGAGAACAUUUUUCACGUUAUCGCAAAGUUGGGAUGGUUGAAGACACUGUAUACACUCAACGUGCUUAUAGAUGAAGAAAUCAAGCCAUGGCUGCAAAUGCGGGAUAAAAAAGGCGAUACUUGUGUCCACAUCGCUGCGUAUAGAAACAGAGGGCAGCAAGCAAUUCAGUUGAUAGAAAAGUUAGUGGAUUAUGGAGCAGAUCUAAAUGCAAGAAGACAAUAUCAUGGUGACACUGUACUUGACAUAGCAGUACAAAGAAGAGAUUAUGAACUAGCUGUAUGGUUAUGUAAGCAGCCAAGCAUCGAUUUACAAACGGAAAAAUACUUCCAACACGUGGCGCACCAAGUGGCAUUAGAAGAAAGUCACGAAAAAAAGAUGGAGAUACUCGAAACCCAUAUGAUGCGACUGUUCAAGAAGUGAUUAAAU